AGUUUAGUACUUAUUAAAAGACAGCCGUGUGCGGAUGCGCGCCACGAUAUUUACGCUCUAUACUGACACAACCCGGGUGCUAAUGUUUAGUUCGGCGAAAUUAUCAGACGCAGUUUUGAACAUUACAGUGGAAUUGUGAAUUCUUCUCUAAGUGAUGUUUGAAUUCAAUCGCACAUAACUUACGUCAUUUUAUGCGGUCUCAACUCUUCAGGGCGCAUGCUGGAAGGUAACAAACAGUGUAGGAGAGAACGAAAAGUGGUGCAAGGUGCUGCUUCACGAAUGACUGGAAGAAUUUUAGUUUUUCUGUACUUAGUGUCGAAAGUGUAAUAAAACGACGCUAUAAAACAAAUUAAAACCAAAAGAACGAAUUUCAAUCAUCGGUCGAGCGUCGUCAAGCAAGGGCGUUGCUCAAAUUGGGACAAUUUCAGUGACUAGUGCUCAGUGCGAAAACCCGUUACAAUGGAUUCGAUUCUACAGCGAAUGAAUUUAACGGAUUUCGUAUUGUAUGACCUGAUCAAUGUGAAAGGAGUAGAGGAUACCAUCGAUAAAUAUCCACUUAUGGCAUCCCCAGUACCGAGCUCCAUACUAAUAGCGAUCUAUCUGUACUUCAUCUACAAAUGGGGUCCAAGCUAUAUGGAAAAUCGCAAGCCGUUUGACUUGAAAUUAGUUAUAGCUGCUUAUAAUAUCUUCCAAGUCAUGGCGUGUUCUUAUUUGGUGAUGAGCUAUAUUAAAGUAGGUUUCAAAUUCAGCUUCAUCGGAAGAUGCACACCAAAACUACCAGUUGAUGCGUAUGAAUAUGGCUAUGACGCGGUGUAUUACGGCUGGUUGGCAAUGUGUUUGCGGAUGGUGGAAUUCAUUGAAACGGUAUUCUUUGUUCUCCGUAAGAAGCAGAAUCAGGUGUCGGCGUUACACGUCUAUCACCACAUUAGCACUUUCCUAAUUGUAUGGUGGAGUCUCAAACUUAGUUUAUCUUACCAGGAAAUGUCAAUAAUGGUACUCAAUUCGAUCGUUCAUAUCAUCAUGUAUUCCUACUACCUGCUAUCGUCGUACAAAAUAUUCCACCCGUGGACGAACCGCGUUAAGCCCGCCAUAACCACCAUCCAGUUGGCUCAGCUGGUGACGAUGCUGGCCCACGUGUAUGCUGCUCUGGAGCCAUCGUGUGCCGCCAACAAGUUCAUUUACAUGUUGCAUGCCAUCAAUCUAGUCAUCCUGAUCAGCUUAUUUACUAACUUUUACAUGCGGACCUACAUCAAGAAGGCCCGCAAAGUCAAACAAAGCUAACGAGCAAGUGUCCUCUAAUGCGCCGUUGUACCAUAUUGUCUGUGUAUUCGUUACAUUAAGUUAUGUUUAUCUAUUGGCCAUUCGGUUUUUCGCUGCGAAUGACCCAAUAUGAGAAGAAAAAAAGUGAAACUUACAAGUCAAUAUUUGAACUUCAACUAGCGCUCCAUUGAUGCAUUUGCAGUACACCAUCACGAGUGGAAAAGGUGCGUAGAGGAUGGAUGGCUUUCUAGAAAUUCCUCAUCUCGUUUGUAGGAGGAUUUUCUCCUGGCUUGAUUAAUUGAUUGCUUGUGAUAGAAUAUACCGAUAUAAAGAGAUUGAUGGAAUUGUGAACAAUAGUUUUGUGUGUAAGAGCUAAUAAAAUUGCAGGCCCAAUGAGAUGAUUCAGAAGUGAUAAUCACUUAAACCCGUGACCAAUAAA